AUGAAGCCCGUGCUGAAAUUGCUUGGAGCAGUGCUCCUCAUCCACUCCGUGGAUGCGCUCACUUUCCAGACAUCGGCGCGAGCACCGGUGCAAAAGGUGAGGUCGCUCCUGCAGGCGAUGCAGGAGGAGAUGGCCAAAGAUGCCGAGAGGGAUGAAGCCGUACAUGACAAGCAGGCUUGCUGGUGCAAUUCCAACAUCAAUGCCAAGGAAUCCUCGGUUUCAACCAGCCAGACCCGGAUUGCCGCCUUGACCAGCACCAACAAGAGGCUCACAGCUAACAGCGCACGCUGGACCACGGAGUCGGAGCAGAUGACCAAGGACAUUGCCGACGCAGAGGCCACUAUGGCAUCUGCAGAAAAGAUGCGCAGUGGCCAGCGGGAGGCCUUUGAAAAGGAAGAGGCACGACUCGUGGGCCUCAUCAGCGAGAUUGAUGAGGCUUUCAAGCAAGUCGCAGACAACAAUGAAGCAGCCGGAAGCUUGCUUUCAAAGUACCAGCAGGUGCUUCGAGCCAAGAUGGACGGCGAGGUGUCGCGUUCUUCGAACGUAGACGCCUUUCUCAACAUGAACCUCUCAUCAACUGGAAGGUCUUUCUUACAGCGUGAACCGCUAAAGGCUGAGGGAGUGGAAGCUGUCUUGAACGGCAUCAAGAAUGACACCGCUACCACGUUGGCUGCAACGCGCGGGCAGGAGUCUGGCCGUGUACGGUCACAUGAGAGGCUGCUGCAGGACAAAACAACGGAGGUCAAGGCACUUGAGGAGCAGAAGCAAGGCAGGCGCAAGGCGAUUGCCGAUGCUGGAGAGACAAAGGCCAGCAACAAGGAUGUCAUAACAAAUCUUGAAGUCCAGGUUCAAGAGGAUUCAACGUUUCUGACAGAUGUGAGGGCGAGGUGCAAGGCGAUGGACGAGGAGUGGGAGCAGCGCCAGAAGACUCGGGGAGAGGAGGUGGCGGCUAUUGUCCAAGCAAUGGAUAUCCUCAAAGAGGAGGCUGUGAAAGAGGCUUUCUUGCAGGAGCCAAAGGGUCCGAAAGCCAAGUCCAAGGGGUUCUGGGGCCACUUCAGCCCCGGCUCUUUCAGCUCCUUCUUGCAGGAGCACGCUGUCUCGCGGAAGCGGCAAAGGCUUUCGGAGGCCCUACUGAAGGUUGGCCAGCAGCAUGACCUUCGCCUGGUAACUUUAGCACUCCGAGUCAAGAUCGACACCUUUGCAGCUGUCAAGAAGGCCAUCGAGAACAUGACCGCUUCAUUGGAGAAAGAGCAGAAGAAUGAGGUCAAGCAUCGCGACUACUGCGUCGAUCAGUUGGACGGCAACAAGGCGGACAUACAGGACCCUUCCCCACUGAUCCUGCAGCCGUCUUUUCUCCUGACAAGCUGUCUUCUGCCAGUUUCUAAAGGGUACGGGCGCAUCACGGAACAAAUCCUGUGCUGGGCCAGCUAA